CCUCUCUUCUUUGGUUUGAUAAAAUUCCGGGCUUUUUUUUUUUCGAUGGCGAGGAACCCGUGCCGGGACGCUAAAAAGGGUUCCUGUGUGGUGUUUUUUGCUACUUUUCUAGAAAAGGAGAUAUUUGAAUCCGAUUUCGAUGUUAAUGAGGAUUUAUGGAGUAGUUUAAUCGGAUUGGGGAGGCCGACUGGAGCUCGGUAGGAUUCGAUGAGGAUGGCAGUAGGGUUCAAGAAGCCUUGCUGCCGGGGUUUCCGUGAUGGAUUUGGAGGGAUUCUGAGAUCCAUGCUCUGGUCGUCGAGGUUUCUUUGAUUAAGAUUCUCUUUAGAUUGAAAAAAUUGGGGUUGGAGUUUUGAUCGUUCGUUGGUGGUAUUGUUGAGUGAAAUUGGAGAAAAUGGAGGAAGAGUGCACUUCUUGGGUGAGGAGGGCAAAGUUUUCGCAUACCGUUUAUCACCGGUGGAAUUCUUCGAGGUCGCCUUCGAUUCGUGAUUGUGACUUGGAAUUGAAUCCGAAGAGCUUGAAUCUAGAGUCGAAAAAUAGGAGUUCAAGUUUGGAAUCGAAGCCGAAGAGCUCGAAUCUGGAUUCAUCUAGCCAGGCGAUUCCAUCGUCGGCUCGACUCUAUUCUGGGAGGGGGCUCAAGCCAAAGGCGUCAAUUUUAGAGUCUUCAAAUGUGUCUUCGGUUCCGUUCUCUUUCCAACCCGACAAUGAUCCGGUUGUAAAAGCGAAAAGCUUGAAUUCAGAUCCUUCUGUGCUGUCUAAGGUACGAUCGGAUCGCAGCUUGGGCCCAAACACAAAGAAGACAAGUGUGGUGGCUCCUAGUUUGCCCUCAGUUCCAUUAUCUCUCCGACCAGAUAGUAAUCCCUCGAAGCUGCAGCCAGAGGGCUCAGGUUUAGACUCUUCUGAUUUCUCUUUCUAUCCUGACAGAGAUUCUGGCCCGAAUCCAAAGAGCUUGGAGUCUGGUAAGGUUUCUAUAUCUUAUGGGAGGGCUAUAACAGAUUAUGAGCCUCCUAAAACUAGCUUGUUUUCUGAUGGUAGCAAACAGAACUCUAAAUCCAAGCAGAGGUCACUAUCUCCUCUUCCGACUACAAUCCUUUCCAAUGUCUUUAAAGAAGCUAAGUUGAUUGGAAAGAGAUUCUCCAGCCCACCACCUAGCAGGAAAAAUUCUAAUAAGACCCCUGAGAGUGGCAGGUUCGCUUCACCGUCACCUCCAAAAAUGAGUGAUUUUCUGCAUUUGUCUUCAAUUAGAGCCUCUGAGAACUUGAAGACUAGUUUGAGCUCUAACAGUUCAGGUUCAAACAUGGUUUCUAUCUCUUCUGGGAGGACUGAAUUAUAUCCCGAUUCUCACAAUUCUAGUAUGAUUACUAAUGAUAGAAAUUGGAACAAGCCCAAGCAGAGGUCAAAAUCUCCUAUUCCCACUACUGUCAUUUCAAAUGUCUUUAAAGAAGCUAGACACAUGCGAAAGAGAUUCUCUACCCCACCUCCUAGCCGGAAGAAAUCCGAUAAGUCCCAUGAGCAUCAUGAGUUCGCUUCCCCAUCACCUCCUAAUCUGAGUCCUCUUCAGCAUUUGUCUUCAGGUAAAGCCUCUGAGAAGUUGAAGAGCAGGAAUGACUCUUCUUGGGCAAGAUAUUUUGAUCAUGGAGGAGGGAGAGUCACUGCCUUGGAGACCACAGAGAAAUGGACUGUUGAUCUCUCCAAACUGUACGUCGGGCUUCGGUUUGCCUCUGGAGCUCAUAGCAGGUUACACCGUGGUAUUUAUAAGGAUCAGCCUGUUGCUGUGAAAAUUAUCAAGCAACCUAAUGAUGACGAAAAUGGAGUGAUGGCUGCACGACUGGAAAAGCAGUUUGCUAGAGAAGUCACGUUUCUGUCUCAUCUCUAUCACCGAAAUGUGAUCAAGCUGGCAGGGGCAUGUAAAAAUCCACCAGUCUUUUGCAUCAUCACAGAGUAUCUCUCGGGAGGCUCUUUAAGAGCGUUCUUGCACAAACUUGAGCACAAAUCCCUUCCUUUACCAAAACUAAUUGCAAUUUCUUUAGAUAUUGCUCGGGGCAUGGAGUAUAUUCACUCACAAGGGGUUAUCCACCGUGAUUUGAAACCCGAGAAUAUCCUAUUUGAUCAAGACUUCUGUGUAAAAAUUGCUGAUUUUGGAAUAGCAUGUGAAGAAGCAUAUUGCGAUGCAUUAGCAGAGGACCCUGGCACUUAUCGCUGGAUGGCGCCUGAGAUGAUCAAACACAAAGCUUAUGGACGGAAAGUUGAUGUUUACAGCUUUGGGUUACUGUUAUGGGAGAUGGUGACAGGUACUGUCCCUUAUGAAGACAUGACACCUAUCCAGGCUGCUUUUGCUGUGGUUAAUAAGAACCUGAGGCCUGUCAUUCCUUCAGACUGCUCUGCACCUUUACAAGCAUUAAUUGAGCAAUGUUGGGCUCUGCAUCCAGAGAAGAGGCCCGAGUUUUGGCAGAUAGUGAAGGUCUUAGAACAGUUUGAAUCUGCUCUUGCUCGUGAUGGAACCCUCAGCCAGCUUCAAAACUUGACCAGCCGGGAUCACAAGAAGUGGUUGUUCCAUUGGAUCCAGAAUCUCAGACCCUGGCAUGUCAAUGGUUCAGGGACCCCGCAGUCUAGACUGCUAUAGCUUCUUGCUCUGAAUCAACUAGUCUUGAUGGAUUUUCUGCCUUUGUAGUUAUGAUGUUUCAUAUUACUCCAACUGAAUAAAACUGCAGGCUAUUUUCUGUAAUUUUUUUAGUGAAUAGCUGGUUCUCUUACUGUGAAUAGAUAUUUCACUUCUUUGUCAAAUGGACAGCUGUUUCUGCCUUUGCAUUUGCAUGAGAAAACAAGCCAUCAGUGGUUUCAGAUGCACAGCAUGUCCAUAAUAUUUUUGCAAGGCAACAGAUUCUGGUUCAUGUUA